CAAUAAUUAACUCCCUUUAUUGUCGCGUCCCCCGCCAUUUGUAAUUUUAGAAAGGACACGAAAUAAAAAAGGUGCUCGUAAGUGUCCAGCAUGGAAGGCUUUGGGGUUGAUGGGGAGCCAGUCAAUGGCCACUUCAAACCAUUUGUGAGCGGUCCAACAGUAGCAAUCAAGUUUGAGACCGAGCCUUACCAUGAUUCAGGGGUGGUUACUGACCAAGGUUACUAUGGUGAUGGGUUGCAGUAUGGGACAGCUGUAUAUCAAACAGUCUACAACCCAGACUAUAGCAACUCCACUGAAGUCCCACUAUCUACUGGACAGCCCUUUUACAAUGGUGUGAGCCACGCAGCACCCUCUGAGACAGGUGACGCCCAGAUCUCCCAGGUGACUCCUACCAAAGUGAGCCCCUCAGUGAACAAAAAAACUCCCUCUGGUGGUACAGCGGAGACGACGUGUGACAUCUGUGACAAGAAGUUCAGCUCCAAUGCCAGCAUGCGGCGCCAUCGUGAGAUCCAUACUGGCGUGAAGAAGUUCUCCUGUGAUCUUUGUGGCAACAGUUACACACAGAAACACAACCUCACCAAGCACAUGCGGCUCCAUACAGGAGAGAAGCCGUACAAGUGCCGUCACUGUGAGAAGGAGUUCUACAUCCUGCACCACCUUAAGAACCACUUGGCCCUGCACGGGGAGGCGCCGUUCAGGUGUGAGACCUGCGGCAAGGCGUACAAGCACAAGUACAAGAUGGAGGCCCAUAUUAGGGCCACUCACUCUGGCGGGACAUCGGGAGGCAGCGUCGCACAGUCACCCACUUCGGGGAUGACAAGUGAUGACAACUCUAUGUCGGAGCCCUGGACCAACGGCAUAGAUGAGGACGGGAGUGAGGCAGACAACCAUGAUGAUGAUGAGGACUAUUACGAAGGCAUGGAUGAUGGCGAAACUACAUAUGACGAACACGAAUGCGAGGUCUGUCAGGCGAUAUUUAUAAACGAGGAGAGCCUGAACAACCACAUGAAGCUGCAGCAUUCCGUGGACCAGGAGUACCGCUGUGAUAAGUGUAGCAACAUCUUCCUCACCCGGGCCCAUCUAGUGCGGCAUCGAAGGUCCCAUACGGGCGAACAGAUCUUCGAAUGUAAGGAAUGUAACGUGAGCUUCCGAUGGAAGGUCAGUCUGCACAUUCACAUGCGUCGGCAUAAUAAUGACUUUAAAAGAUACGAGUGCACACUGUGUAACAAGUAUUUCCUGGCCAAAGAGAGUCUCAGACGGCACCAGACCACUGUUCACUUGGGCGUGAAUUCCUACGAGUGUGAAGAAUGUGGCGAGAAGUUUACGCAAAAGAGCGACUACAAGAAUCAUUUGCUGGCUCACGACUCAACGGAUAUCAAGACAAAUAAGAAACCUGCAACUGCAGAGCAGCAAGCCAACAAGCCCAAAAGCGAACCCAAAGCGAUUCCGACGUGUAAAACGUGCCAUAAGACAUUCAGCUCUAAUUCCAGCUUGCGGAAGCAUGAGUACACGCAUAUGGACGAAAAGCCGCACAAGUGUGAGUUGUGUAAUGUUUCGUUCGCUCAGAAGAUCCAGCUUCGGCUUCACAACAAGAAACACAACGGCGGCAAGAUGGAACCCCCCUCUCAACCUCCUUACACUAAGAAGACUCAAGUCUCACCUGCCAAGAAAGUUGAGAAGAGGAACGAUUUUAAAGAUAAAGAUGGUAGCAAAUCGUCUGAGAACUCUUUAGAUAGCUCAGAAAAUUCUAGAUCUUCUAGAUCGCCAUCUCCAGCGAAGAAUUCUCAGAUUUCCACUAGCUCACCGACAAAGUUGAGGAUUCGACUGGAGAAGUUGAAGACGGAACCAGUGGUCCCCGAAAGGAGAAACGCUGCAAGAAAAGCCAGGCAAAUGUUUAAGGCAAUGGAGGAAGAUGAGGAGGAUGAGGAGGAGGAAGAAGAAUCAGAGGAAGAUGAUGAUGAAGAAGAAGAGGAAGAAGAAAAUGGGGAGAAUAAGAGGAGGACUCGUCUGGAUGGGUACCGAUAUCCAACGUGUGAUAAUUGUGGGAAACGGUUCAAGAAAAACAAGGCUCUGAACAGGCACUUGAAAUUCUGCAAGCAGAAAUAAGUGCUUAUUCAUGUGAUCCAGUUAGACCCUUAUCAAAGGUCUACAAAUUUAAUAUACUGAUGUACUUGCCUUGGCUUCUUAAGCCAGAAAUGAAAACAGAAUUCAACGAUCAGGCUCACCUCUGCCAGUCAAAAAUCUGGACAAUGAAAAUGAGCGGCGAAGAAGGGACAUGGGUGAUUGAGUGGACUUCAUUCCAGAAUCAAAGGCCUCAGGUUUACUGAAGUGGUCUCAGGUGUAUCAAUAGAUCUUUAGUAAUAAAAAAAAUAUUAUCUUUGGUUCCAUCGUGGUUAGUGAUAAAAAGGAAAUAGUCAUGUUUUAGAUCUUAAAUAAAGCUGCUUUAAAUUUUUCCGUUUGAAACUUGUAUAUGUUUGCAAGUUGACAAAAUUCUGCUUCAUCUUAGGUCUGAUUCUGUGUAGACUAAGACAUUGCCACUUAACAGUAUACUCCUGAGGAUUGAACAACUGUACAGUCUCUAUUGAUCUGCAUCAUGCGAAAAUGGGUCUUGUGACAUGGGUCCAGUGAUAUUUCAUCCCGGUCUGGGCUUCUCAUUCUGGUGAGGAGCUACCCUGUUUGUUAAUGAGGACAAGAAACCUUGCGUGACAUGCUUGUGCAGGCUGGUCUGGAGCCACCCUGUCAAUGUCAUAAGACCCAUUUUUGUAUGACAUGGUUCUUAAAUCAUUGCAAUUUAUAUAUGUUUUUAAAGCUUCUGUACACCAAUUAUGUUGCAAUUACGUGUGGUUCAAAAAUGUUUAAAGGAUUAAAUAAAAUGAUUUGAAUGUCCUUAGGUUCAUGUUUGAUGUAAUGAAAUUUUGAUUUUAUUUGUGCAGGGAGGUGACAAUUGAGCAUGAAAUUUUGCAAAAUUAUUUUCUAUGCAUUAUUAAUUCUAUUAUUGUUUAGAUUUGUGCAUAUAGAGUUUAGUAAUGAUUGUGCCUCAUCUUUGUUUCAAAUUUGCAACAUUUUAUCAGUUUUCUUCAACUUAUCUGCUAGGCUUUAUUUGUGUUUUAAAGCUUUUGUUAAGUUUCAAGAUUUUAUAUGAAUUUUAGUCUGUAAAGAUAGGCAUCUCUUAACUACUGUGAAUGUCAUGUCUUUUGAAUAUCUGUGAAUCAUUCUUAACACUAAUACCAGACAGGAGUAAGGUUGCAAUUGGACGAUAUUUAUUUACUUUUCAUUCUCUUUGUAUGAGUUAAGAAUAUUUGUAUUAAUUUCAUGUAACCAAAAAGAUUUAAAUAUAGAGAAAGAAAAGAUAAAUAAAAAAAAUUCUGAACUGCAAAGUAGCAUUUUCUCUGGUCAGGGCAUUUUAACGGAAACAGACAAUUUUUUAUAUCUACAUGAAUGCUUUGUAAAAUGACUGGUUGGUUUAAAUGUGUUUGCCUUAUGAUAUUUGUGCCAUUCAUUGUAGUGUUCAUCGUUAUUUAGUGUUAUUUGCAAAGACUCCUUUUGCUUUUUCUUUGUUUUAAAUAGUGUACAUUGAGUUGAUUUAGAAGAUCAAUUAAAUUUUAAUUUUGUUUUAUUUAAAGAUCAUGUGAUAUAUUACUUUAUCAUUGUUAAUUAUAUAAGAUCCCAGUUUUCAAAAUUGACCUCUGAUUUACUGACAGAACUAUUAAAUAUUUAUAGGUAGUACAUGACCUCAAACAAAAAUUAACCUUUUUUUUGUAAAUUCUAUUCGAUUUUCAAAAAAUGAAUAAAAGAAGCAGCGAAUAGUUGCAAACUUGCAACAAAAUGUUGACUAUUAAAGUUAUUGUGUGUUAAAACAUUGUCUUCUAUUUGUCAAACAUUAUUUCACAAUAUUAAUGUAAUUAAUGUAA